GCUCCAUUUCGACUGUUUUUCUCUUAUUUUGGCCGACGAUGGCUCUUUUGUUAGUAAAGGUUGCCGACCCCUGUUUUAGGCCUUGUCGUUUUCUGGUUCGCGUUUGGUUAAAACUGACUCCCCUGAGCUGCCGUACCAAUGAUAAACACUGACAAGCAGCUGUUCCCCGAGUAUUAUGUUACGGAGCUCACGUGUAUCUUCACUGCGUGUAGUGUAACCGCGUGUUGUAGCAGAAACUAAUUUGUACCACCAGUAACACAAUGGAGCCUGUUAUAAAAAUAAACCCUGGAGCAACGAAAUGGGACAUCCGUCAGAAAGUUUGGGACUACAUCGAAGAAAACAAUUUGGCCAACUUCCCCAGGCCUGUUCACAACAGAAUCCCAAAUUUCAAGGGUGCCAAUCAAGCAUGCAACAGGCUUGCAGACCUGCAGGAGUUCAAGUCCAGCCAGACAGUCAAAGUAAAUCCAGACAGACCCCAGCAGCAGGCGCGCUUUAUCACUCUGGAAGCACAUAAAACUUUAUUGGUCCCAACUCCUCGUCUUCGCACCGGCCUUUUCAAUAAAAUCACUCCUCCCGAGGGAGCCAGCAAGGAACAGCUGCGCAUUUGCUCUUCCUCUCAGGGUGUGAAAGACUUCAGCGAGCCUGUUGGCCUGGAUGCGAAGGUGAAGGUUGACCUGGUGGUGGUCGGCUCUGUGGCCGUGUCUGAGAAAGGCCUGCGUAUUGGAAAAGGAGAGGGCUUUGCUGACUUGGAAUAUGCCAUGAUGGCUGCAAUGGGAGCUGUGGAUGAGUCUACUGUGGUGGUUACUGUUGUCCAUGACUGUCAGGUGUUGGACAUUCCAGAGGAGUUAAUAGAAAGUCACGACCUGACUGUGGACUACAUCCUCACACCCACCCGAGUUAUUGAGACAAAUUGCCAGUUACCAAAACCACAAGGAAUCAUUUGGACUAAGCUCGACACAGAAAAGCUACAGAAGAUCCCCAUCCUGAAGAAGCUGCGUGCUCUGGAGGAACAGGGUGGAAAGGAUGUGACACUGGGGGAAGCGCCCAUUGCAGCAGAUCCUGAUCUGCAGAGCAGUCCACCCAAAAGGCAAACCAGACGGAGGCCAAGGCAGAACAUGCAGCAGGAUGCUGAGGGAGAAUCUAAACAGGAGAAAAUAGUGGAGUCAGAACAGAGAGCUAGACAGCGCCCAGCUAGAGUGAGGAAAGAGAGCAGAGGAGAUGGUGGGGGAGGUGAUGAGAGGAGAAGGGGAAGAAGAGGAGAUAACAUGAAGGAGAAGGGCCCAGAGGAGGGUGGAAGUGAAGUCAUGUCUCAACGUAAGCUCCCCCUGAGUGUGACCACAGUUUAUCUGGGGGGAAUCCCUGCUGGGCUGCGUGUUAGUGAGCUGAAAACUGCCCUCAGAGAGAGAGAGGCCGCCCCACUGAGGCUCACCUGGCAGGGAGCUCAACACAGGGCCUUCCUGGACUACAGCGACCCCCAGGCUGCAGAGCUGGCCCUGGAGGCUCUGCAGGAUCUCAGCCUGAAUGGUCACAGUCUGCAGGCUGAGCUGGCUAAGAGCCAGCGUGGAGGCAAGAGAGCUGGACAGUUCAAUCGGAGAUCAAGACCAUCAACGGCUCCAAAAUCGAAUACCGGACCACCAGAUAGUGAGAGUGACAACAAGGAAAAGACUGAGCAGUAAAAGCAAUAAGCAAUACUCAGCCAAGAGGUAUUCAUUGUGGAGCACCCAAAAUGCCUUAAGAAGAAUUUAGUUUGGUUUUUGAUAUUUUUGGAUUUAUUAAAGAGGACAUGAGUUAUUUGAACCACAGACAUCUAAAGUGACUGCUAAAGCUAAUAAGCUCACCAAAAAAUAAAUUUAAUAUGCAAUUCUUGAAACAAGAAGAAUUUCAUUAGAAGGGUAUUUUCACAAUACUUAACCACACACCUAUGUGCCUUGUUUAUUCACACACACUUCCUGGUCUGUGUGUCCCGAGAGCCUUUGUUGAGUAGUUGUUUUAGAGAUAGACUACAGUUCUUGCUUUUAAAUGCUAUCUACAGUCUAUCUGUUAAAAUGUAGAGUGAUUUGUUGUGCUUAGUACUUUUUAUUUCUUACCAGUUAUCAGUGUUAACUCCUCCUAGAGGGUCAUGUUUUCAGACCAGUUUUUCUGUGUGUUGAUCUCUAAACCAUUUAACUAAGGCCAUGGGCUAAAGAUGAACUGGUUAGUUUUAUUGCAGAUAGCGCCACCAUGUGGGCAUUUAUACAAUCAGGCUGUGAUUCCAGAGCCAGGAAGCGUAUUAGUAAAAAUUAAAAGUUCCUUGAUUUCACGUUUAUAGACCACACCUGUGUUUUACUACACAGAUGUGUUUUUUUUGUUUGUUUUUUUGCAAAACACAUUUUUCAACACUUUUUUCCAACAAAUCUUCCAAAAAAUUAACAUUUGAACUAUUUUAUUUUAUAUUAGCAAUGUGACCUGUGAAAAUAUAAAAUGUCAUAAAUCGUGAGCAUAUUGUGCAGUUGCAACCAAAUUUUGAACACAUUUGAACAUAAAAGCAUAUUGUUGUGCUAUUUCAAUUACAGACUGCAGCAACAUAAUAAGUAAAAAUAGCCAUAAUUUAGUCGUAAUCAUUCUGACUCGGGUGAAAAUUUGCAUAAUUCGUCCUUGCACAUGACCCAGGAUUUAGGUGUUCCUUUAAAUCAACAUAAAUGUCCUUCUGUGUAUUUUGACAAGGAUCUUGAUCUACAUUGUAGGUCCAGAUUAUAAACCUCUAACCUCAUUUUAUUUAAAAAAAAAAAAAAACACAUUUAGAGGUUUGUUUGGCCUCAUUUGAGCUAUGAUUUUUAAUUUCUACUUGCUAUUUUUUUCCAGAACAUUUUGGAAAUAAGAUAUUGCAUAUUUAAUUGGAGACAUUUGUACCAUUCAUAGAUAGAAAUGACAUAUUCAUGGCAUUCUGUUUGCUUAGGCCAGUUUGAGUAUGAAUUCAGCCUCGUCAUUUAACAGCUAAGAGAAGCUUCCAUGGAUGAACUUUAUUCUAGUGUUAAUGCAGUCUGUUUGUAACGCAUCAUAAGAUUUUUCUCUAAAGCAUUUGACUGUACUUGUUCAGCUUGGUGUAUUUUUUUUUAACAAAACUGUAAUGUGUUACUUUAAUUUCGGCAAUUGAUGAUGCAUCUUCCUAUUAUUUUGCAACAUUUAGGAAAUAUCACUGUUUGCUCUUUUUGAAGCUGCAAACUUUGAACAACUCCUUCAUAUUUGUAGUCCAGUUGUAAACAAGCCUCUCAGCCCUCAAACUGUCCAAACAAAUAACCUAUUGUUUUAGUGAAGAGACAGUAAUGAGGUCAGAAGUUAAAGCAUUAUUUCUCAGAUUACAGAGCUCACACAAAUAUAAAGCAAAUAAUUUCUGUUAUAUUGGAUUUUGAGCAAACUUUGGAAAAGACAUCCAGCUAGUGUUUUUGUGUUGAGAGUUAAUAGUUUCCUUGUUUUCAUAAAGGCUCUAUCUUCAGUAGUGCUGGUACAGAGCGAGAGAUUAACUCGAACUGAAUUACUAGGACAAUAAAAAACAUGUGCAAGCCCGUCAUCAGCACCUGAUAACCUGCUUCUCGACGGUGUCUUUCUGCACAGACAUUACCUGGUCACUGAUCACUCUCCUGUCAGUCUGCAGUGCCAGACAAGUGUCCUGUUUUCACUAAAGUUGAUCGUAUUGCGACAUAAGCACACAGCAUGUCUGUCUGCACACAACAGGCCUCGAGCUUUUUAUGGAGCUGUCAUCCAGGCCUGGUGAGGGAACAGCUGUGGAGCCCCAUCUCGCUCCCUCAGCCCCGCCAGAGCACUGAACCUCGGCAAAUGUCAUCAGUUUGUUAAUGCGCCGUUCCACUCCUGUUGAGCCUGCUAUCCCUGUGCUCUAUGGCAUGCUCGUUUUACUGGGGUUCAGGCAGUGGUCAUGUUGUGAGAUUUCAAAGCUACACAAGUAUUAAAACACAGCAUGUUUACGGCCUGAAGUACACAUGUAUGUGUACACACAGCAUUACUUACAAAGUAAAAUUAACAAGAGGACCUCUUAAAUUACAAUUCAGUUACUUGAUCUAACCUACAAGAGUAAUCUGAACGAUGUGGAUGCUUACAAAAUAGAUUGCUGCCCGCCAUGUUUUUCUACUUUAGGAGCACCUGUUAUUUUUAACACUUGAACUUCUCUUAAACGGCAGCUCAAACCAUUUCAAUUCCCUUUAAAACUAUCUACUCUUUUUUAUUAUUAUUUGUGUUAUCCAAAUUCAAGUUUAUAUUGCUUGCAUUAGCCUUAAUGCAGCCUGUUGCACUAGUCAGUAAAAGUAACAGAAAUUAAUUUUGCAACUGCUUUAAUCAAACAAAUUAUAAGGAAGCCAAUGAAGAGCAUUUUGAUAAAUUGGCUCAUGUUCCUUUUGUAAUAUUUUGUAAUGUAACUAGCGGCUUUGUGUGACAAGACAUGUUCAUUAUUUGUGUGCAUCUAAUUCCUGUGCCUCUGCUAUACAUUUUGAGGUUGAUAUCUGUAAUGUUUAAGAAGUAAAGAGUGUUUUUCAGAGUUGAAA